AUGUUUGAACUUGAAGGACAUGAAAGACAUGAAGAGCAAGUUGCAGAGCUUAAGUUCAACUAUGACUUGCUGAUCAACGAGCUUUAUCAUCUGAAGGAAUACACUUCGCUGGUCGAAUUUGAUCCAUGCUUCAGAAACUCGUCAGACAGCUUUGAGCAUUUUGUGAAAUCCAGCGGCUUGGGACUUCCAAGUGCAGACAGCAGAGAAAUAGAAGACGUCAAGGACUCACGAAGGAUACGAAGAAGACAGACCAGGAGUGAGCCACUGGUGGCCACCGAAAACGGCUGGGGCCCGAAUGUGGAGGGUUUGGUCGAUGAAAGAUACAAAGAACUGGAAUGUAAACUGGAAAACAAACCAUAUAAACGUAAAAAGACGGCCAAGAAGGAAGCAGUUCCUGCUGCGAAAAAGCCAAAACUGGAACCCAAGGUGGAACAACGACUUGAACCGCCAACCACAAUGCCCAUCAAGCAGGAGGAUAAAACCGUGGCUCUAACUUCCGUACCUAAAUUGUGGCCAAAUGACGGACCAUCGACGACAAUUGCGGACGACCCUGCUUGCAAUAGCUCGUACUACACAUCCUCGUCCUCCGAAGACGAGCGAGAAGCUAGAAAAAGGCAGAAAAAACGCCCUCGCGUUCGAAUUGACGUCCAUCCGCCCAAACAGACGGUCACCAAUCCAUUGCAUGUUUUGAAACCCGAAUACAAAAGCUUACGGGAAUUUUUAAACUCCUAUCGAUCUCUCGACGAGGAUAUGUCGGUAGAAGACUACAACAAAUACAUUGAUGAUCAGAAAAAUCUGUUCUCUAAAAUCCGCAAAGGUUUGGAGAGUGGAGUUCUCCAGUAUGAUUACGAAACGGACUCACUACAAGCCAUAACUCUAAAGGAUGCGUCUGGCGUACAAGCUCAUAGGCCAGAGGCCAUAACUUAUCUCUACAAAGAACAACAGCAGUAUACGUUUUCAGAUCAUUUGAUUAACCAUGGUAUCUUCUUGACCAGGCGUUUUCAAGAAAUUAAGAAAGCUCGCGCUGCAAACAUCAGAAAAAUUACGCUAAUGGUCGAACAGCAUUUCAGGCAUGUUGCUGGUGCCGAAGAACGUCAGCAAAGAGAGGAGGAAAAGCGGUUGAAGACACUUGCGCGGACGGCAGUGCAGGCGGUGAAGAAAAGAUGGCUGGUCGCUGAAAAGGCCUACCGAGUUCUGAAGAAAGACGAAGAAGAUCAGCUUCGAAAAAUUCAGGGUAAAGAGCAUCUCAGUAAAAUGCUUGAGCAAAGUACACAGCUAUUAGGAGCACAAUUCAAACAUUCAAGUCAUGGCGAAAGUGAUAAGGAACUCAACACCUCAGCAAGUCAUAGCGACGUGGAACACAGUGAUAGUGACAAUGAUAGUGACUCGUUCAGUUCGUCUUCUGAAGAAGAUUCUUCCGUUGAUGGUGAAGAUGACGCAGGGCUCUCUGUUGAACAGCUCCAAAGCAAAUACGCUGGUUUAAACGGUCUGCGAGAUAACUCAGGCGCAGAAACGGGAUCACAGACCGAGCUUUCGACGGUUGAGACUUCUCCAGAUUUGGAAGCGGCACCACAGCUAACCGAGGUGGAAAAGCUCAAAUUGAAAGAAGACGAAGAAAAUCAAAGUAACAAAUUGCUUGACGAAAGCACAAGCGACGAUUCGGAUUCAGACUCUGAUUCGGCUUCGUCGGUUGAGAAUAAUGAGCAUAUUAAGGAGAAUGACGAAGAAAUGAAAGAUAAUGAACAGAAGACUGGCGGUCUAUCUUCUCUAUUUGAAAACAUUGAAGAAGGCGAGUCUGAAGGUGAGUCUGAUUAUGACUCUCCUGUUACUAGCGAGAGCGGGUCUAGCGAAGAUGAGGGGGUCGAUGAAGCAUCUCGUGAACAGCCGGACGUUGCGUCCGAGCUGGAAGACGGUGCCGGCAACGAUGUCAAGGAAGGAUUGGUGAAGGACGUUCUGGAAGACCAGGACGAGUCGGCAAAGGAGAUUCAGGAAGACCCAUUAACAGUGGUAGAUGUUCCACUCCCAUCUCUGCUUCGGGGAGAAUUGCGAGUAUAUCAAAAGCAAGGACUCAAUUGGCUGGCUUCUCUGUAUAAUAACAACACAAACGGGAUUCUUGCAGAUGAAAUGGGUUUGGGGAAGACCAUUCAAACCAUUUCGCUGUUGGCAUAUUUGGCGUGUGAGAAGCAAAAUUGGGGACCUCAUUUGAUUGUUGUACCAACAUCUGUAUUGUUGAACUGGGAGAUGGAGCUGAAGAGAUUUGCUCCGGGUUUCAAGGUUCUAACAUAUUAUGGCUCUCCUCAACAGCGUAAGGAAAAGAGAAAAGGAUGGAAUAGACCGGAUGCCUUCCAUAUCUGUAUUACCUCAUAUCAACUGGUGGUUCACGAUCAGCAUUCUUUCAAAAGAAAGAAAUGGCAGUAUAUGAUAUUGGAUGAGGCCCAUAACAUCAAGAAUUUCAGAUCAACACGUUGGCAGGCGCUGCUUAACUUCAACACCGAAAGAAGGCUGCUACUAACUGGUACCCCUCUUCAAAAUAACCUGGCCGAGCUAUGGUCUUUGCUUUACUUCUUGAUGCCGCAAACAGCGGUUGGGAAAAAUGGGGGCAUACAAGGUUUUGCUGACCUGGAGGCAUUCCAGCAAUGGUUUGGACGCCCUGUUGAUAAAAUAAUUCAGACAGGUGACGGCUACCAACAGGAUACCGAAACGAAAAAGACCGUGGACAAGCUGCACCAAGUUUUGCGUCCUUAUCUCUUACGGAGAUUGAAGGCUGAUGUUGAAAAGCAGAUGCCCGCGAAACACGAGCAUGUCGUAUACUGUCGUCUGUCUAAGAGGCAAAGAUACCUGUACGAUGACUUUAUGUCUAGAGCUCAGACAAAGGAGACCCUUGCAAGCGGAAACUUUAUGUCAAUUAUCAAUUGCUUGAUGCAAUUGAGAAAAGUUUGCAAUCAUCCAGACCUUUUCGAAGUGAGACCCAUUUUAACUUCACUUUGUAUUGACAAAAGCAUUACCAAUGAUUAUACCGGUGUUAAUGAAUUUAUGAUAAAAAAGCUACAGGCAAACCACUCUGAAAGAAUAGAUUUUAACACACUGAACUUGAAUUUCUCUUCAAACGAAUUUUUAUCGUCUCACCAUGCCGAUAAGAUCAAUAAAAGUCAGUGCAUUACUCAAUUCACAGAAGAAGUGACUAAACUAAGAAAAAAAUGGGAGGAGCACUCCAAAAUCGAUGCCGAAGAAUCAGCAUUCAACUUUCAAGAUAUCAAUCAGUUUUACCAAAGUUUUGCUGCAAAGAAAAAUGGUGACAUGACCAGCAGAUUACACCACUUACAAUACAUUAAUGAGCUCAGGUGUGCACGGAUACCUGUUUACGGUAGCAAUUUGAUAAAAUUGCUGAGCAUUUCCAAGACAGAUGAUGAAGACACGACUGCAGAAAUAUUUAUGCCUUUGCAGACGAGAAUCACCACGAACAAAACUAUUAUCGACAAAUUUGCUGUAAUAACCCCCAACGCGGUGACGCUCGACACCAGAAACUUAACCUUGGGUCUGAAUGAGGAAAGUCUAAUUCCAUCAAGUGAUAAGCAGUCCUUGAGGUACAACCUAAGACAUACUAGUAACCCGCUACAUCAUUUGCAAACCAAGCUUGCAAUUGCAUUUCCCGACAAAUCCUUACUUCAAUAUGACUGUGGUAAACUUCAGAAAUUAGCAACCCUACUACGUGACUUGAAAGAUCGGGGUCAUCGGGCACUCAUCUUCACACAGAUGACAAAAGUUUUAGAUAUCCUUGAACAAUUUCUAAACUACCAUGGCUAUCUUUACAUGCGGCUGGAUGGUGCCACCAAAAUUGAAGAUCGACAGCUCUUGACCGAGCGAUUCAACAAUGAUAACAGGGUCACCGCGUUUAUUUUAUCGAGUAGGUCCGGUGGUCUUGGUAUCAAUCUUACCGGAGCAGACACUGUUAUCUUUUACGAUUCCGACUGGAAUCCCGCGAUGGACAAGCAAUGUCAGGAUAGAUGCCAUCGGAUAGGGCAAACGCGAGAUGUUCACAUUUACAGGUUUGUGAGUGAACACACUAUUGAAAGUAACAUUUUGAAAAAGGCCAACCAAAAAAGACAUUUGGACAACGUUGUGAUCCAGCGUGGUGACUUUACAACAGACUAUUUCACAAAACUAUCAGUGAAGGAUCUAGUCGGUGCAGAGGCGAAUGAAACUCCUGUCAGCGACAAACCAUUGUUGAUAGAUGACGACGCUGCAUCAAAGGAUCCACGAAAGCUGGAAAAGCUUUUGGCGCAAGCGGAAGAUGCAGAUGAUGUGAAGGCAGCGAAUUCUGCGUUAAAGGAAGUUGAAAUGGACAACGAAGACUUUCAAGAAAAAAAUCCGGGCGUGGAAGAGAAUAGCAAUGGUCCAUUAGAGGAUGAAUUUGAAGGGACAAGUCAUGUGGAAGAAUACAUGAUUAGAUUCAUUGCGAACGGUUGUUAUUACGAUUGA